UUACUGUCACGACAGUAUCAGAAAUACCGUUAUCGCUAUUUUAAGAGCCCCACCUACCCACCAGCGCAGCCACCAACAAAUGAUAACGAGCAUCAUUGCCGCUGCGGUCAUCAGCACAAUAACUGUCAACAGUUACAUGCAACACCGGAUCUCAUUGAUGAGCACACCGGUGCCAAAAGGAAUUCACAGCAGCAACAACAAAGAUAUCCCAAUCACACCACCAUCGACAUCGAAGGUGAUGAACAACUAAAGCAGUUGCAUGAGGAGCAACAACGACGCCAAACGUGUGUACACAGACGGAACGGUUACACAUAUCGCGGUCCACCGCCAAGCGCAGCUUGUGGCGCGCUCUCUCGCAACAAGCGUAGAAUACUCGUCGUACUCACCGUAAGCACCACUGCAACGGCGGUCACGCUGUUGUGGCAAAACUUCGGCUGGAUGUGUGGACUCCCGGCAAUGUUCGCCGCCCUCUUUGUUAUCAUGUUGGUAACAUUGGGCUGGCGCUGGUUCUACGUAGCCGCCGUAACGUGUCGGCGUGACUUUACCGCUUUGUGGGCCUACAUCAAACUACUGAUGCUCAUAAAGCUUUGUGAGCGCAAAAAUCUAAAUAUCGGCGAUGUGUUCGAGAAGAAGGCGCUCAAGCAUCCGGACAAAUUGGCGAUAAUCAGCGAGACGCAACGCUGGACAUUUAAGCAGCUGUAUGAAUUCUCUAAACACGUCUCCAUCGCAUUCCAGCGGCAUGGUUAUCAGAAAGGUGAUGUUAUCGGUUUGUUGUUGGAGAAUCGCGCGGAAUAUGUUGGGCUUUGGUUGGGUCUCUCAAGACUUGGUGUUAUCACGGCGCUGAUCAACACAAACUUGAAGGGUCCGUCGUUGCGUCACAGCAUUAACGUCGCGAAAUGUUCGGCUCUCAUAUAUGGCGAGGAAUUUGCUGAUGAAAUCGAGCAUAUAGCGAACGACAUACCCGCGAAGUUAUAUCAAUUCAAUAACGGUGUCAAUAAGCCAGUACGUGAGUCGGCAACUGACUUGGCGACACUACUGCAAUCGGUCCGACAUAUGGAGUUCACGCGUGCGUCUGUUAAUGCACCUAAUCAUCACGAUAAAUUGAUGUAUAUUUAUACCUCUGGUACUACGGGUUUACCGAAAGCGGCCAUAAUCUCGCAUUCAAGAUACAUGUUUAUAGCGGCGGGUAUUCACUUCACGUUGAAUUUCAAAAUAAAAGACAUAUACUAUACACCACUACCGCUCUACCACACGGCUGGUGGUGUUAUGAGCAUAGGUCAAGCGAUACUCUUUGGCUCAACGGUUGCCAUUAGAAAAAAGUUCUCGGCUUCGUGUUAUUUUGCGGAUUGCGUGCGUUUUAAGUGCACGGUUGCACAAUACAUCGGCGAAAUGGCGCGUUAUAUCUUGGCUACUUCGUCAACUCAAUACGAUCGCCGGCAUAAGAUACGUAUGAUCUUCGGUAAUGGUUUAAGGCCGAAAAUCUGGCAAAGCUUCGUAAAACGUUUUAACAUACCAAAAGUGGGAGAAUUCUAUGGCGCCACUGAGGGCAAUGCGAAUAUUAUCAAUAAUGACAACACGAUCGGCGCAAUCGGCUUCAUCUCACGUAUAUUUCCAGGAGUUUAUCCUAUAUCUAUAAUAAAAGCAGAUCCAGACACUGGCGCACCGAUACGCGGUGCUGACGGUUUGUGUCAGCGUUGUGUACCAGGCGAAGCCGGUGUGUUCAUAGGCAAGAUCAUUAAAGGCAAUCCUUCGCGUGAGUUUCUCGGUUAUGCUGAUGAGAGCGCUUCGUCGAAGAAGAUCGCACGUGAUGUCUUUAAAAAGGGCGAUAUGGCUUUCAUAUCCGGCGAUCUGUUGACUUCGGAUGAACGUGGUUACUUGUACUUUGUGGAUCGCACUGGUGACACAUUCCGUUGGAAGGGUGAGAAUGUGUCAACCAGUGAGGUGGAAGCGCAAGUCAGCCAUCUUGCGCUGUACAAGGAUACAAUUGUCUACGGUGUUGCAAUACCAAAUACUGAGGGCCGUGCGGGUAUGGCUGCAAUAUAUGAUCCCGAGCGUCAAUUGAAUGUGGAUCAUUUCGCCUACGAAAUGUCAAAGGUGUUGCCGUCAUAUGCGCGUCCUCAAUUCUUGAGAAUUUUAACUAAAUUGGACAUCACUGGCACUUUUAAACUGCGCAAAGUUGAUCUGCAAAGAGAGGGCUACAAUCCGCAUGUCAUCAACGAUACGUUGUUCUAUAAAACGUCUUCUGGUAGCUAUCAGUUACUCACAAGUGAAGUUUUCGAUGAGAUCAACGAGGGUCGCAUACGAUUCUAAAUUAUUUUUUUUGUUAUUCAUAUAUCGUAGUUUUAUCUUUUUUGUAGUGAAUUCAUCCUAUUAAACUAGCCAAUUUGUAAGUAUUAUUUUAAAAUAAUUUUAAAUAAAGUUUUGACAAUACAUUUGUUGCAUUUA